AUGAUCAUACGGGUGACGUGCGAGUCGGAGGGGGGCGCGCAGUGCCCGCAAUGGGCGCUCGUGGAGCUGCAGGGCGAGCUGCGCGCCGACCUGCCCGCGCUCGCCUCCGCGCUUCCCGCCUCCGCGUUGCGCGGAAACGACGGGGGAAACGGUCUCGAGAAAUCCGUGCUUGGCACCGCGGAGGGCGGCGGCGCGGGUGACUGUGACGCGGGGCGCGCUUGGGCGGAGGGGUGCACUCCAAUUGGCGCGCUGACGUGCCCGCGCCAGGGCGCAGUGCGGCUAACGGUGGGGCACCACCAGCUGGAGGGCGCCAUGGCAGCGCUGCCCAAGCCGUUCGUGCUGCUGCGCAAGACAGCUCUGCCGCUGCCACGAGGGGGGCAGAGAGACGCGGCAGCAGCAGAGGCAGAGGGAGGGGCGAGGGGCACGCGUGUUGGGGCAGAAGGCAUGGAUGUGGAGGGUGGGAGGCAGGAGAGCGGGGGUGGUGAGGGCGCAGUGGGGCAGGGGGCUGGGGGAGUGGCAGGGGAGGGGGAGGCGGGGGUGGGGUACAGAGUGGCGGGGGUGAUUCGCUGCAAGCUCAUCUUCAAGACUCGCCCCAAGCUCGUUCUCUCAGCCGCUCGAUAA